AUGGCAUUGCAGCAUACAGCCAUUCACACCCACCAAAUAAACCCGGAAGCCGAGACCGCCCUGCAUCAUUUACAGGGGGUAAUCGAGACCGCCCCGGUGGCCAAAGUCGAAAAGAAUAAGAACAUUAUGUUCGCGAACCACUUCAUGGACCAACACGCGGCGCCUUUAUUAAAGCACUUAGAGCUAGAGGAGAAAAUGCAACUCAGCUACAUGGCGUGGAAGAUCCUGGCGCGGAACACGAUCAAGAAUUCCACGGGCCCGCUAUACAUCGUUCCCAUCGGGGUGGUCGCGGGCACCGAGCCCCGGCUGGUGCCGCGGGAUGCGGAGAUGAAGCUCGCCAAGGACCCCGGGCAGGUGGUCAGGUUGGUGCCGGGCUCGUAUGUGUGUUUCGAUGGCGCGGUAGAUCUGUUUCCGGGGCUCACCUGUUUGGUUAUCACGAAGAUCAAGAAGCGAGGUUGA